CCGCCAUCUUUAUCUAAAGUUAAUCACAAUCUGGUCUAAUUACUAUCUUCGAAAGUACCAGAUUGACAGAUCAGUUGUGUAUGGAAGGAUAUACUUAUUAACUCAAAGAUCCUUUGACUUGAAAAAAUGAUUCAUUACAUUUUUAUGUAAAAGAAUUGAUGGCUAUUGUUCUGCUUAAACCUGAUUAUAUGGAUAAUGCCUCCCUAUUGUUAUGUGAUGAUUAUUCGAAAACUAAAAAAUUGAAACCAUAUACCACUCAAUUGAAGAGACUGUUAGAUUAUUAUGGAAAACAGUGGAUGAAACCGUCAAUCAGAACAAUGAUUUCAUUUUAUAAUUGUCAAUUUAGAACUAAUAAUUGGAAUGAAGCUUACAAUUUAGCUUUUCAAAAUCGUGCUGAAAAGCCGCAUCUCUCAGUCUGGGCUAUGUUUGAUUUGUUAAUAACCGAAGAAAUUGCAGCGCGACUAUCUCAUCAUCAAUCAGCUGCUGGCAAACCAAAGAAGAUUCAUCAAAAGUCUCACGAUUCAUCUAAAGCAAUAGGUGAUCAGGAAAAUAUUAACAAAAAAUUAGAUAAUGAUAAAACUACAUUGAAUUCAGCAUUGCAAUCUCUAGUAGAUGAAUUGAAGCAAUGGUGUCUUGAUGAUGAUAGUUAUCAAAAACUGUAUCUAGCAAUUGCAAAUGAUAAAUUGUUGAAAGAUUUAACAGAAUUCGUCGAAGAUUGA